CCUCCCGGCGCUUGACACAUUUGGGUGUUUUUGGCACCAAAACGAAUUGAACUCUCGGACGACGCAGGGGAAGCUCCUGGCAGUAACGUGGAGGAAGGAACACGACGGGAAGGAGACCAGGAGCUGGUAUUUCUUUCACCCAGUGGCUUUGAAAAUGACGGGCGGAGGCCUCGGCUGCUGAAAACGUCCCAAAGGACGUUCUGAUUUCAGAUAACGGUGUCUAAAGGCGUCCGCGCCUGGAGCCGCGGAAGAUAGAUGGACAAGCCAAGCAACUUCUGACGCCGCGUCCUUGGCUGGGGCAAAAUUAAAUGGCAAUGUAUCCUACAAGGGUAUCCGGUGAGGAAUGCAAUGGGAUCACUAGCAUGUCUGCGGAGAGCGGCCCCGGCACGAGGCUGAGAAACCUGCCGGUGAUGGGCGACGGGCUCGAGGCCACCCAGAUGUCGACGCCGCAGGCGCAGGCCCAAGCGCAGCAGGGCGGCACCGUGGUGGGCGUCAACCCGCCGCCGCCCGAGACCUCCAACCCCAACAAGCCCAAGCGCCAGACCAACCAGCUGCAGUAUCUGCUCAAGGUGGUGCUCAAGACGCUAUGGAAGCACCAGUUCGCGUGGCCUUUCCAGCAGCCCGUGGAUGCUGUCAAGCUGAACCUCCCUGAUUAUUAUAAGAUYAUUAAAACCCCUAUGGACAUGGGAACAAUCAAGAAGCGCUUGGAGAAUAACUACUACUGGAACGCCCAGGAAUGUAUCCAGGACUUUAAUACCAUGUUUACAAAUUGCUACAUCUACAAUAAGCCAGGAGAUGACAUAGUCUUAAUGGCAGAAGCUCUAGAAAAGCUUUUCCUGCAGAAAAUCUCCGAAAUGACCCAGGAAGAAACCGAAAUUGUUAUAGCCCAGACAAAAGGAAGAGGACGCGCGAGGAAGGAUCCAGUCACAUCCAAACCGGGCUCGUCGACGGUCCAGAACGCCACCCAAGCGUCGUCGCCCGCCCAGACGCCAGCCCCRCCGCCCAACCUCCAGCCCGUGCAGACCUCUCAUUCCUUCCCUUCCGUCACCCCCGACCUCAUCGUGCAGACGCCGGUCAUGACGAUGGUGCCUCCUCAACCGCCCGCUCCUCCUCAACCGCCUGCGCCCCAAGCUCCCGCUCCGCCGGCUCCGGCGCCUCAACCCAUGCAGCCUCACCCUCCUGUCAUCCCCACUCCCGCCCAGCCCGUGAAGACAAAGAAAGGAGUGAAGAGGAAAGCAGACACCACCACGCCGACCACCAUGGACCCCAUCCACGAGUCCUCGUCGCUGCCCGCCGACGCCAAGCCCACCAAGCUGGGCCCGCGGCGGGAGAGCAGCCGCCCCGUGAAGCCGCCCAAGAAGGACGUCCCCGACUCGCAGCAGCAGCACGYGGCCGACAAGAGCAGCAAAGUGUCGGAGCAGCUCAAGUACUGCGGCGGCAUCAUCAAGGAGAUGUUCGCCAAGAAGCAYGCYGCCUACGCCUGGCCCUUCUACAAGCCCGUGGACGUCGAAGCCCUGGGGCUGCACGACUACUGCGACAUCAUCAAGCACCCCAUGGAUCUGAGCACCAUCAAGUCCAAGCUGGAGAACCGGGAAUACAGGGAUGCUCAGGAAUUUGCCGGCGACGUGCGGCUCAUGUUCUCCAACUGCUACAAAUACAACCCCGCCGACCACGAGGUGGUCGCCAUGGCCCGCAAGCUGCAGGACGUUUUCGAGAUGCGCUUUGCCAAGAUGCCCGACGAGCCCGAGGAGCCCGUGAUCCCGGCCUCGUCGCCCGCCGUGGCGCCGCCGCCGACCAAAGUGGCUCCGCCGUCGUCGAGCGACAGCAGCUCCGACAGCUCCUCGGACAGCGACAGCUCCUCGGACGACUCCGAGGAGGAGCGGGCGCAGCGACUGGCUGAGCUCCAGGAGCAGCUUAAAGCAGUGCAUGAACAGCUUGCAGCGCUGUCGCAGCCCCAGCAGAACAAACCAAAGAAGAAGGAGAAAGACAAGAAGGAGAAGAAGAAGGAGAAGCACAAAAAGAAGGAGGAGCUGGAGGACGCCAAGAAGAGCAAAGCCAAGGAGCCGCCCACCAAGAAGGUCAAGAAGAGCAACAGCAACAGCAGCACCUCCAGCAGCAAGAAGGAGCCCGUGGCGGUGAAGAACAGCAAGCCGCCUCCGGCCUACGAAUCGGAGGAGGAGGAGAAGUGCAAGCCCAUGUCCUACGAGGAGAAGAGGCAGCUGAGCUUGGACAUUAAUAAACUCCCCGGCGAGAAGCUGGGCCGCGUCGUGCACAUCAUCCAGUCGCGCGAGCCCUCGCUGAAGAACUCCAACCCGGACGAGAUCGAGAUCGACUUCGAGACGCUCAAGCCGUCCACGUUGCGGGAGCUGGAGCGCUACGUGACGUCCUGUUUGCGGAAGAAGCGGAAACCGCAAGCGGAGAAGGUGGACGUCGUCGCCGGCUCCUCCAAGAUGAAGGGCUUCUCCUCCUCCGAAUCCGAGAGCUCCAGCGAGUCCAGCUCCUCCGACAGCGAAGAUUCAGAAACAGGUUAGACGUGGCUUAUUUAAAAGACUCAAUCCUUUUAUUUUUCUUUUUUUUUUUUCCCUUUAUUUUUCCU